AUGGCAUUCGGUACUGCUUGGAAGAGGCUGUCGCCUCGACAGCUCAACUUCGCCAUCCAAGCGUUCUCGCUCAUUGCAAUCUUCUUCGAGGGUUAUGACCAAGGUGUGAUGGGUGGUGUGAACGCGAGUCCUCGAUAUGUCCAAGAAGUCGCUAUCGGUACACCUGCGGGAGUCGUGACGAACGAUGUGAAGCAGGGUGGUAUCGUCAGCAUCUACUAUCUGGGUGCCAUCGUCGGAUGCUUUGUUGGUGGUUGGGCAGCUGACCGCAUUGGCCGUAUAAAUGGCCUCUUCUACGCCGCAUUCUUUGCUCUCAUUGGAGGUGCUCUUCAAGCCGCCACGCAAAGCGCCGAUUUCAUUUUGAUUGCUCGUGUUGUCACAGGGCUCGGAACAGGAGUGCUGACCGGUAUCACACCCGUAAUGAUCUCGGAAGUCUCGAGUGCGACACACCGCGGCGGAUAUCUUGGUUACGUUUUCAUUGCGGAUUACCUCGGUAUCAGUAUAGCGUACUGGUUGUCCUUCGGCUUGGCCUUCGUCGACAAUGGCUACUCGGACGUCCGAUGGAAUUUCUUUUGGGCUUUCAAUUUCGUUCUUCUGCGCCAGGCUGGGUACAGCGCGCUCAAGCAAAACGGUCUUGCUGGCGGUCUGAACGCUAUCGGAAUCGUUGGAACAAUCAUUUCGGCUCAGAUUGUCGACAAACUCGGACGACGCCCUUGCCUUAUGGGUGGUGCUGGUGGUCUUGCAGUCGUGAAUCUUAUUGCUGCGUCUCUGUACGAAGCGGCACGCCACAACCGGUCCAUUUCUACGCAAGUAGCACCGGCUGCAGUCACCAUGCUGUUCUUGUUCAACCUUGUCUACGCCGCUACUUGGGGCACCGUUGCAUUUCUUGUGCCUACCGAAAUCUUCCCGAGUGACCUGAGAGCUCAGGGUAACGGUUUUGGAAUCACUGGUUGGGCCAUUGGUGUUGGCUGGGCUGUCCUCGUGAAUCCCAUCAUGUUUGGGCACCUCGAGAACCGGACUUACUUCCUCUUUGCCGGGCUCAACCUCCUUUGGAUCCCUAUCGUCUACCUUUUGUAUCCUGAGACGAAAGAUAGGUCGCUCGAGUCGAUUGACGCAAUGUUCUCUUCGUCAUCACCGUUUUUCAACCAGAUGGAACGGUCGUACGAGUUGAACAAAGAUGUUGUAGCUCUGGCUGGGGGCGAAAGGGCCAAGAGCGUGGCCAGUGUAGAGAAGGGUCAUGAGCCCGGUACGUACAAGUAG